UUAUCCAUUCGAUUCCAUUCCAUUUGUACCCUCGAAACGAAUCGAUUUUGACUCCUCUUCCAACGACAUCGAGGAGAUUCCGCAAGGCAUCCAUUAAGAGACCAUAGCAAAGAACAGAACAGAAACAGAAACAGAAACAGAAACAGGGAAGGCAAGAAAGUGCGAUGGGAAAUUCGGCGAGCGGCGAAGAUGGCGGGGAUUACAACCACGGCUACGACGAAGAGGAGGACGACGCGGACGAGUACGCAAAGCAGUUCGACGGGAUCGACACACUGGGAUACCGUGUCCUUGGGGUUCAGCCGGAUUCUCCUGGUACGUUUGGAUUGCAUGGCGUGGCACAAUAAACAAGGAUGCAAGCGCUCGUGCUCGAUUGUUCAACCGGCGAUGCGAUGCGAUGCGAACCGCGUUGGGAUCGAAUGGAAUUGUUGCGUGGUUUGCCGUAGCACAAUUGAUGCUACGGAGGAGUUUAACUCGUGCUAGUUCUAGUGCUAUCGCUAGUGCUCGUUCUCGUUCUGUUCUUCGGUACUUUACUACCGUACCCUACGAUAACUUCCUAACAGCUGUUCUCGAUGCCGCUCCGACACCCCAAAAUCACGAAUUGCCAAUGGUUUCUAUCCAAUGGCACUGGCGUGCAACGAACGAACGGAAUCUAACACUCACCACUUGCUAUCCCAUCUCAUCCCAUCCCAUCGAUCCACCGAAACCAACCCUACCGUGCAUGCCUUACCCGUGUGCACAACGAUACCGACAACGAUACCGACAACGAAUUGCCCGCAGCCUCCAAGGCCGGGCUCGUGAGCUUUUUCGAUUUUAUUGUCGGAGCCAACCAGGAGAUGCUGCUGGGGAGCGGGGCCGACCUGCAGGAGGGCGACGAGUACGACGACGUGGAUUUCCCGCGCCUCCUCCGGGAGAACCUCCACCAGACCGUCGAGCUGCUGGUCUGGAACAUCAAGGCCCGCGAGCAACGCGUAGUCCAGCUGGUCCCCAGCGACGACUGGGGCGGGGCGGGCCUCCUGGGCGUGACCAUCAAGCUGGACGACUACGGGGGCGCCGACGAGCGCCUCGUCCGGGUCCUCGAGGCCUCCGAGGGGGGGCCGGCGGCGCUGGCGGGCCUCGUCCCGAACGAGGACUUUUUGCUGGGGACGACGAUGGCGACGCUCUCCACCACGGACGUGCUGGCGGGCCUUCUCCACCAGUACCUCGGUCGCGUCGUAGAGCUCUACGUCUACAACUCGAAGACCGACGUGGUCCGGAUCGUCGGCCUCCACCCGACCUACGGGUGGGGGGACGGGGACUCCCUCCUGGGCGCGGCCGUGGGAACCGGAUACCUGCACCGGCUUCCGGAGUCCUGCCGAGGGACCACCGGAUCCUCGGUCGAGCGGACCGUCCGGAUCGUGGACCACGGCGGCUGCCCUUCGGCCCCGGGCAGCAACAGCGACAACGGCAACGGCAACCACCACAGCGGUUUCGGAACCCACGGCGCCGAUCGCAUACGCAUCGAGCCGACGCUGGAAAUGGAGGUCGAGGAAGACGGUGACGAGCGGGUGGCCCAGCCCCACCGGCUGGGGACCCGGCAGGGGACCCGGCUGGGGACCCGGCAGGGGACCCGGCCGAGGCCGGUGGAACCGCAGCAGCAGCAGGCCCAACACUUGGCCCGCGCUUCGCCCGAGACGGAACCCCCGGGAUCGGCCUCUCCGGCCUUGGAAACGGCCCCCGUUCCGGCCCCGGGGGGGGAGCUCGCGGACCGUGGGCCGCAGGCACUCCCACCGCCGCUGCCAAGCGAUGCUCCGGCGAUCCCCGAUUCCCCCGGUGGGUUUCCGGACGCCGCACCCCUUCGGCCGGAACCGCCGGUGAAGAAGGCGACGGUUCCGCCGCCGCCGCCUCCACCUCCCCCCCCUCCGCCACCAGCGGCCCUUCCCCCCCCGCCGCCACCGAUGGAUCCACCCGCGGAGAACCACUGCGGCGGGGAGCACGACGAUAACGAGGACGACGACGACGACGGCAGCGACUACACGGAGGACGACGAGGACGACUACACCGACGACGAAUCGGGAGGGACCCCCUCUCCCAAGAAGACGGGCAGCGGGCUCUUUGGCUUUUGAGCACGGGCACGCUUUUGUUUCGAAUGGUUCGGUGGUUUGCCCUGCCCUGCCCUACCCUGCCCUACCCUGCCCUGCCCUGCACCGGCGGAAAAGGAUUCCGUUUGGAGACAGACCGGACCGCCCGGCGCAGGAAAUCGAUCUUACUGUACUCCUCCAGUACAAGUACGGUAGAUUUCCUGUACACAAUACGGUACAGUUUUCAGUACUCGUAAUAGCACUAGUACUAAGGUACUACAGCUAUGGUCCCUUCUGCAAUGAAAUAGUAGAACUGUAAUGUAACUUUCACUAAUGUACAAAUGCAGUCUUCUCAACAUCAUUUCACAGAACCUAUUUAAUAGUACAAGUAAGAAUGAUCUUAAUCUCUGACUGUGGCAUAAAUAAUAGAAGUAGCU